AUGUAUGACAAUAUAGUAUUCGAUCUACCUUCAUAUUUGCCGAAUUGCCACAGAUACGACAAAAAAUUGAACCAGUGCCUUUUGGAUGCCACCGAAAAAGUAAAACCAUAUUUGGCCAAAGGAAUACCAGAGCUAAACAUACCCUCGUUCGAGCCAUUUAUCAUACCAGAAAUAAAUUUGGAACAAGGAACGAACGCCUUAAACUUUAAAGCCAAGUUGCUGAACACGGAGAUACAUGGACUUACUAAAUAUAAGUUUACUAAGUUUGAUUUUGACGUUCCCAACUUACAAUUUUUUUGUGGUUGCCAAAUACAGGACUUAAAAUUAAGGGGAAACUACACAGUAACUGGCAAGAUAUUGCUUGCUCCAAUUGAAGGCAAAGGAACAUUUACCGCUUCAGUAGAUAACUGCAAUGCGAAAGUAUACCAGAAGGUAACAACAGAAAAAAGAAAGAAUGGAUUAGAAUUUAUAGUUCCAGUUCACACAAAUAGCAGCAUAUCCGUUAGUGGUCCCAAAGCUAACUUGAAAGGUCUGUUCGACGACAAUAGUGAGUUAAGUGGCAUUACCAACAAGGUAAUAAAUGAUAAUGUAAAUGAACUAUUUGAAGACUUGAAGCCAGUUUUAGAAAAGAUUUUAACGGGAAUAUUAGAAGAUUUAUUAUUAAAAGCUCUAGAGAGCCAAAUUCCGUUUGAUAUGUUGUAUCCUCCAAUACCUUAAAAAUGAGUGUUAGGAUAGACAUUACAUUUUUUAAUUAAAAAGAAAACAGAUGAA